AUGUUCAACAGAGUCGCCCGUCGUGCUUUCUCCUCUACCGCUGCUUCUAACUACAAGGUCGCCGUCCUCGGUGCUGCUGGUGGUAUUGGUCAACCAUUGUCCUUGCUCAUGAAGCUCAACAACAAGGUCACUGACUUGGCUCUUUAUGAUCUCCGUGGUGCCCCAGGUGUUGCUGCUGAUGUCUCCCAUGUUCCAACCAACUCCACCGUCAAGGGUUACGGUCCAGAAGAAGAAGGUUUGAAGCAAGCCUUGUCUGGUGCUGAUGUUGUCAUCAUCCCAGCUGGUGUCCCAAGAAAGCCAGGUAUGUCCAGAGAUGACUUGUUCAACACCAACGCCUCUAUUGUUAGAGACUUGGCUUCCGCUGCUGGUGAUUACUGUCCAAAGGCUGCCCUCUGUAUCAUUUCUAACCCAGUCAACUCUACUGUCCCAAUUGUUGCUGAAACUUUGGCUAAGAAGGGUGCCUACGACCCAAAGAAGUUGUUCGGUGUGACUACUUUGGAUAUCCUCAGAGCUUCUAGAUUCAUCUCUGAAGUUGCUAAUACCAACCCAACCCAAGAAAAGGUUUCUGUUGUCGGUGGUCACUCUGGUGUUACCAUUGUCCCAUUGAUCUCUCAAACCACCCACAAGGGUUUGCCAAAGGACAAAUUGGAUGCUUUGAUUAACAGAAUUCAAUUUGGUGGUGACGAAGUUGUCAAGGCCAAGAAUGGUGCUGGUUCUGCUACCUUGUCCAUGGCUCAAGCUGGUGCUAGAUUUGCCGGUUCCGUUCUUAACGGUUUGGCUGGCGAAGCUGAUGUUGUCGAAAACUCAUAUGUCGAAAACCCAGUCUUUGCCAAGGAAGGUGUUAAAUUCUUCUCUACCCCAAUUACUUUGGGCCCAGAAGGUGUUAAGGAAUACCACGCAAUUGGUGAAACUUCUGACUUGGAAGACCAAUUGAUUGCCACUGCCAAGGAAACCUUGAAGAAGAACAUUGAAAAGGGUGUUAAUUUCGUUGAACAAACUUCCAAAUAA